CAAACAAACAAACAAACAAACAAAUAAAUAAAUAAAUAAAUCAAUCAAAUCAAAUAAAUCAAUCAAAUAAAAUAUUAAAAAAAAUGGCAACUAUUUUCGAUGUCUUAUUAAACCAACAUUUUAAUAACAGCAGUUUUAAUAAUAAAUCACAACCAACAAAACAAGAAAUCAUCAAUAUCGUUCCAGAGUUAGAUUUAGUUGAAACUAAAGAUUCAUUAAUUAUCGAAACAGAAUUGGCAGGUGUAAAUAAAGAAGAUAUCCAAAUAGAAAUUAAAGAUUCAAAGCUAUAUAUUCAAGGUGAAAAGAAAAGAUCAACAUAUAAAGAUAAUACAAUAACCUCUGACAAAUCUACAAACACUGAAAAUGAACCAUUAAUUGAGGGAUUUGAAGAUGAAACCACUACCACCAGUACCAAUACAGAUAGUAGUUUAGAAUCACCAAGAAAAAAAGCCAGAUCAGAACCUACCAGUGAUAGUUCCAAAGAUAAAGUCAGAAAGUAUAUCACAGAAAGAUCAUAUGGUAAAUUCAAAAGAUAUUUAGACUUAAAUAGAUUAUUACAUACUUUGGAUUUGUCAUCAAUCAAAACACAAUUUAAUAACGGUCUUUUAACCAUAACCAUAAAUAAGAAAAAAGAUUACUCAAGCACUAUAAAAAUUAAUUUAAACUAGCCAUUAAAUAAAAAUAAAAUAUAGAUGUAAAUUAAUUUAAACUCCUUUUUGUAUAUUAAAAUAUAAAUAAAGCAAUAAUUAU